CCUAAAAAGAAAGAUUAGCCAUUUGAGAUGAUUAAAACUGGCAGUAAGGUUAUCUGCAGCCAUCAUGAUAAGGAACAGUUGUUGUAAAUAACUCGUAUAAACUAAAUCUGCAAGUUACGUGCUUAAGGCCUCUUGUGAGCAAAGGUGUUCAGGAUCCAAAAGGGUGUUUUUUUUGCAGAAAAACUGCAAAGUGCUGUUGAAGUGUUUUUUCACUAACAAUGCAAGAGUUGAAUUUAUCCAGAAACCAAAGAUUUAGUUACAAAAUUUCUCAACAUUGACGCUGUGUUUUCUGAUUUUCCAAAUAACUUGUAAUUUGAUUAAUAAAUGUAAAUGUAGCCUGCUGGAAGCAAGAACGUUAUUAGCUUUUUGUGCAACUUUCUGCAAAAUGUUACUUUUUCUCUUAAUUAUCCUGAGCCAUACUGGUGUUUAUGUAUAUAAGUUAAUCUUUGCAUCAGAUGUAUUUCUUUAAUGCUGCACGUUUUGGAAGCAACCUACUAUACUUUGACAUCUGGUAUCAGUUUGAUACAGAAACUGAAAAAUACAACUGGAUAAAAUUAAUUUAUUUGCUGCAACAUCUGUGAGGUGCUGCUCAAAAGUGUGAUGACACAUUUGUUUUCAUUAUUCAUAAAGUAAAAGCUUAUCAAGUGACCAAAUAUUUUUCAUUCAUUGUGGAAGUUUACAUGAGUAAAUACAGAAUUGGGGCAGAAUUACUGUAAAGUUAGGGAAGAAUGUGGCUUUGUUGUUUCAGAUCAGUCACUUUAUUUAUUGAUCCCUCUGAAAGUUUAUAUAUAAACGACAAAUCCAAAUAAAGACAGAGUUUCAUUACAGUCUUUGCAGAGAACAUGUAAAGUAUCGAUGUUGUUAGUUUUGUAGGUAGAGGACUUAAGCCAGGAACCGGAGGAUGCAGUCCGCCUCUUUCCGCCUGAGCACGCCGGUGAACGGAGCCGUUUCAUUGGACGGGUCCGCAAACGUUAAAAGGGGCGUGAAGUUUGCUGCUAGCAGCUAGCUCCUGUGUGAUCAUCUGGGAUCUGUUUCAUUCUUGGCGGCGCCCAGAAGCAGCGCAAAAAUGAAACUGUAGAGCCUCGGGGGACUAUUUGCAGCAGGCCCGGGUUGCUUACUUCUGUGAGCCGCAGUUGCUUUCAGACACACGGACAUAAAGUGGAAUGGUGACCCGUCCUCUCUCUCUGGAAAUGGCAUUGUGGCUAUUGGCGUUGAUGCUAACUUAGCCAGUUAGCUUCCCGUGCUAGGUAGCAGGACCAUUGGUUGUGACUGAACCGACUAGCUAGCUUUGAGCACAAUACUAGCUUACAUUAGCUAGGAGGUAAACUCGCGUUAUGAGACUCACUUAGCAGCAACGUCGCUGUUCUAACAUCGUCUACGUUGGACUCGAGGCGGACAUCGGUUUUGUACAGAAGGAACCAGCGGGAUAGUUUGGCUAACGCUAGUUCAUUUAAGGCGCUAACAUGCUGCGGUAGUUUUGUUGCGCUCCGGUCGUCACUCUCGGCUGCUUUGCUCCUGCAGACUAACGGGUCAGCGGCAAGCAGUUACUGGGCAUUGUGCGGUAUGUAGCCAUGGCAUGCUAACCAUCCUCCAAGAAAGUUGGUAAAUGCUAAUAACGGUAUAGUCAACGUUAACCGCAGGGCAGAAUUGACUCAUUUAUGCAUGGGGAGUUGUAAAUUUAGCAUUGUUAUGGUUAACAAGCAGCGUUAAUUUGCUUUAAGUGACGACAGGGCCUCGCAGGUUACUGUUAUCUCACGUUGUGCUAGCUAGUUUGUCUCAGAUCUGUUGCCUGAUUGCUAAUGUUUACUCACAACAUGUAAGGCUAACAAAGUUUUUGGAUCAAUAAUGUAACCUUACUGAGCCGGGUGGCCAUUUUAAGUUAGUGAUUUAGUGACAGGCUGCAUUAUCUAGCAAAGAUGAACAACUCAGGAGUCAUGCCACAAGAAAAGAUGGAGCUGGAUCUGGAAAUCCCAUCCUCCUUAGUUCAGACUGAUGGACACCUGAGAAGAUCCAACAGUGCACCCAUGAUAAAUGGCUUAAGUGAUAACUCCCAGGUGUUCCAGAGAGAGGUCCUACGUAUUCGGAGAAACAGCACUACAGUUGUCAACAGGCCUAACAUGGUCCCUUCAUCACCUAUUCGCAUCCCCAGCACCAGACUUCAUCAGAUAAAACAGGAAGAGGGUGUAGAUGUGAUGAACCGAGAAACUGCUCAUGAGCGGGAGGUUCAAGCUGCCAUGCAAAUGAGCCAGUCCUGGGAAGAAAGCCUCAGUCUGAGUGAUAAUGAUUUGGAGAAGUCUGCAUCUUCAUCUCCAAAGCGGAUCGACUUUGUGCCUGUGUCACCUGCCCCGUCCCCUACCAGAGGAAUCGGAAAGAAGCAGUGUUUCUCUCCUUCACUACAAAUCCUUGUGAGCAGUAAUGGUCUAACACCCAGUCCAAUCCCCAGCCCAACACGGCGAUUCAGCCGACGUAGUCAAAGUCCAAUCAACUGCAUCAGAGCCAGCAUACUCGGUCCAAUUAAACGCAAAGGUGAGAUGGAGAUGGAGAGUCAACCUAAGAGGCUCUUCCAGGGAACCACCACCAUGCUGUCCUCGGAUGUCUCUAACCUGUCAGAUCUCAGUUCCUGUCACUCUCCAGAUCUACUGGACGGCAGCCUCAGCAGCGUCGGCUCCUCCACCGACUCGCCAGGCAAAAUGGAAGGAGUGUCGCCUUCCUCGUCCAGCAACUCGCCCUUUGCUUCCCUCCAAGAUUUGUCCCCAAAAUGAGCGUGGGGACUGCUAGAGACACUAAAAAAUGUAGGGGGAAUUAAAAAAAAGCCUCUUUCUUGGGAACCUUCUCAGAACCUUUCCUUCACCAAAAUGUAGUUUUAAGUGGAGUUUGCUUCUGAAUGGCUGUUUUCAUGGCUACAGAGGGUCUAGAUGGGUUUGAAAUACGGAAACGAAAGCCAUGGACGAGUUUGUGUGUAAGAAGUAAGCCUAGUCAAACUGGGAAUGACUGAAGACACUGUGAGCACCAGCUGCUAGUUGAGGAUCUUGGAUGGUGCUUGGCUUCGUAGUGAUAUUGUGUUUAUAAGUGGCUAUCCUGCACAGCUGUCCUACCAGUUCCCCCUCGGCAGAGAGGGACAUCGAGCACUGGACACAAAAGAAAAAGACUAUAUGGAUGUGUACAUCUCCCUGUUUUUGUGCUGGAAAUCUUCUGUCCACAGGCCUUUGUAUGUGCACAGUCUGCAGAUUUUGUAAGAAAAGAUUUAACUUAUUGUUUUCCUGCUUUGUUUGUAAUUAUGUACAUAUUAACCUUGUCAGAUGUCAUACAUAGUUUUAAGUUUGGCUGUGAGGUGAAUGUAGGCACAGGUCUUCAGCAGCUUUCUUUGUAAAGGAAGAGAAAUGACUUCUGGGGUACAGCUAUGGAGAUGUCCCGUUAUACUGUAAGAGAAGUUAUGUUUUAAGCAGAUAUUCUGAAUAUUUUUAUGAUAUAGGCUGUGAACUGUGGUGAUUUUUUUUUCUCUCCAGUUUGGCUGUUGAAUCAUAAAUGAAAUAAGAUGGUCAUUCCUGGCAGUCUUUCAACACUAAAGGUUCCUCUGUAAUCCUGUGUUCUUGUCAGGAUGAUUUUUGUAGAUAUAAAAAAAAGUAUAGAAAAAGCUUACCUUUUUUCUUCCUCUGGCAAAGUGUUCUUAUUUAUGGAGAAAAGAGAAAAAAAGUUUAUUAUAAAAUUGGAUGGUGAUAGGUUUCUAUCCCCAGUAAACCAUUUGUGUUGUAAUUUACACCAAAUCAACUGACAGCUGGAAUAUUCAGCAAAAAAAAACUAAGACACAUCACAUUGUGAGUAAAAAGACUGCUGUUUCUGCCGUGGUUUAUUACUGCUCAGGAUGAUCAGUCCUGUCGGUUCAGCCUGUGUAAGUCUUAAGCAGGAAAGAAGUAAAACUUGACAAAACAAACCAAGGAGUGCAGUAUGUCGAGGUUACGCCUGCACUGUGAUAUUUGCACCUAAAAUUGCUGUGUUGUCAUGGCCCCAUCGUCCAUACCUGCCUGUGUACCUUCUGAACCCCUUCACAGCUCUGUAGCCUUCAGUGUUUAUGUACAAGAAGGAAGUGAUUGUAAAUCAUUUCAUGCAAGUGUGCCCUUUAAUUUAAAGAAAGUUGUGGUUGCAGUUCAUUUACUAAAUGUUUUUUUCCUUUUAUACAAAGAAAAUGAGAAAAAGCAAUCAAGUUUCCCUGCUGUCAAGAUUUUUUUUUCAAAAAAAAUCCUUAUAUUUUCUUUUCUCGGUCAUCUUCUGAAGUGUUCAGGGCAUGAAUUUAGCAAAUGAUAUUAUGCUAUAAUUGUAUGUCUGUAAUGGAAAGGCUGUAAUCUGCCAAGCUGGCUAACACGUCGCCCAUGCUUGUGUCUUUUGUGGUUGCCAUUGUAGCGGACAUCAGGAUUAAAAUAAAUUAUUUCAUUAUUA